AUGAGCUCCCAGAACGAAGGACCCGUCAUUGGCACCACUGUCGGUCAUGCUGUUGCGCAGGACUUCAUUGCCUUGGCAUCAAACCUUGGGUCGGAGGCUGGCAUCCCACCAUUGCCCCUGGGCAUGCCCUCGCACCUGAGCCACGCACUAGCUUGGUCCGGAGCCGACUUCAUCCACGAGGCCAACUACAUCUACCUGCUCACGGAAGCUAACCUUGCCGAAAUUAGCACUGCGCUUGCGUACUUCAAAGGGCUAGAAUUAGACGGUGAUCUCGUGUCCCGAGAGAACUUCCCACUACCUGCCUUAGGCGUCACAUUAGACUCGCUGAGUCGAGAGGUACACGAUGGAAGAGGAUUCUGUGUUGUUAGGGGUAUUGAUCCCCACAAGUAUACAGUCGAGGACCUUACUUUGAUCUAUCUGGGCGUCCAGGCGUACAUUGCUGAUCAACGAGGUCGUCAAGACAGCCGCGGAAACAUGCUUGACUCUCGCCUUGUCAUGAACUUCGGCCGGGCGGCGCUUCUCGGCAGCGUAAAUCACCCUCGUAAACCAACCCUCCCUGUCCUGACGGAGAAGCAACGCGAAGCGCUCGACGCUGUUGAGGCAGCGGCCCGAGCAACAGAGCUUCAUAUCGCGACACGCGCUGGUGAUAUGCACUUCAUCAACAACCUCGCGGUACUGCACCGUCGCGAGGGCUUCGUGGACGGCGAGAGUGCCAUGGAGAAACGCCACCUGGUCCGGCUCCGGUGCCGCAGCACUGAACGGGGCUGGCGGAUUCCGGUGCCUCUGCAGCGGGAGUGGUUCGAUGCAUUUGAGAGGGAGUGGGAUCGAAUCUGGCACCUCGAGCCCAUGCCAGAUGCAUUUUUCCCCUUGCGCAAGUAUCCAAACUAG